AUGAAGAAGUACCGAAUUAACGAUAUAUUGGCCGACAAUAGCGGUUCCCAACAGAAUGGUAUCGACAGACAGCUGUCGUCAUCACAUUCAUCGCAGAGGUUUCAGAUGAACCAAAAUCUACAGAACCGUAACCAACGACGAUAUGAGGCCGACGGCAGUGAAGAGGAAGAAAAUCAAAGACAGAAUCACUUAUUGUCGAUUUCGCAGUCAUCUCAAGCGAUGCCACCAUUUGUGCCAUCGAUUCAGCGAAACAUGAACUCUGGUUCGGGUGAAGAGACCAAUUCUGUGUCCAAUAUGGCCAACAUAUCAAACAUUGAUGCCAACAGUCUUUAUAGUAAACUUAAAGAACUACAAGAAGCAGAACAACGACUCAAACAAGUAGAAGAUCUGAUGAAAUCUAUCGAAAAGAUGGAAAAUAACAUAAAGGAAGCGAAAAAGGAAACCUCUGUUAAUGACACGCGAAACACAUCUAACGAAAUGCAGACAAAGUUUACGACAAGAAAUAAUGUCACCAAACCAUCGAUUAAGAGCGUUGUCUCGCAUUCAACUCAAACACAACCUAAACAAUUGUCUCAGACGUCUGCAAACAAUAUAGUAAACAAUUCACAGAAGAAUGUAAUUACUCGAAACAUUGAAGAAAACAAUUUGGAGAUAAAUGUUAAUACAAACAACACAUCGCAAAACUUGUUGUCGCAAUCAAUGGAUUUUUGUGACAAUAACUUGGGAUACAAUACUGAUAUCGAUGAAAGCGAAUCCAAUAGCGAAGAAUCAUAUAAUCAAAUGAAUGGCAAUUUGAUCCGAUCUAUGAGAUCACAGUUUGAUUCAAUGCGUUCUCAAUUCGAGACAAUGCUUCCAGUAUUGGAAAACCAUCAUCCAAACAAUAUAGCUAUUAGUAAUAAUUACAUGAAUAACCAGUUUUUUCAUUUAAUGCUUCUUCAAAAUUAUCAGAUCCUUCAGCAACAACAAAUGCUUUUGCUAUGGCUUCAGAACCAACAAAGUCAGUGCCAAACACCACAAACAACACAUCCUACACAACCAAUUACCCAACCGUCUCAAAGACAUGUGAAUCAUAAUUCGCAACAUUAUAUGAAUGGCAUUAAUGGCAGACAUAGCAAUGUUUCAACUGUGCCUCAAAACCUACUUCAUUACCGAAACCCAACUCUAAAUUCCACGAGAAAUAAUGAGGCAAAUGCUCAUAAUAUGACAGCCCUUAACAAUCAAGUGGUUCCCGGAGUUCGGGCCAACAAUUAUUGGGAUAAUUUCAAGAGCUAUUCGCGACAAAACAAGUUGAGCGCUUCGGCUAAUAGUAAGACCAAUGAAGAUAUAUAUUUGACACACAAUCAGAUGGUAAUGGGAAACGAUCAGCAAAUGAUACACAACACAAACCAUUCACCAAAUUCAACAUUAGGUCGACAUUCAUCCAAAGCAGCCAAUGCUAAUUCAAAUAAUUUUGCUGCACUUUUCUCUAUAUUAGAGAAACUAAUUGAAAAUGAAGAUAAAAUUUCUUCAAAAGUCUGUCCAAAGAAAAAGUCAACAAAUUUAGUUAUGUCUUCAGAUAAUGACGAAGAAUGCGGUGCAGUAGGAGGUGUGGGCAUCACUAAUGUUGUCAACAAUCAGGUCCAGACCGAUGACCUUAAUGAUGGUAAUAGUAAGGCAUUGCAAUCAAAUACAUCCGUACGAUCUUCUAUGUCUGGUCCGAAUAUAUCACUGCCUCUGCACAUACCUGCUAGUAGUGGUGCAAUUAGAAAGAAACCUCGAAAUCAAGAGAUUCUUGAAUUUUCAUCUAAAGUCGAUAACAGUGAAAAUUUUGCGUUUUCUUUAGCUAUUGGAUCUGAAUUGGUUAGACCACUGAUGGCAGCGGAAGGUCGUUCAUCUGAAGGAUCCACUGCUAAUGCAAUGGUCCCACAGAAGCAACAAAUACUUUUAGUACGCCCUCCAACUACGGGUGCGCCGCCAUAUGAUUGUGAUAGCAAUAGUAAUGUUUCAUCUGAUGAUCAAUUGGCUGAAGCGGAUCAAACUGUUUCUGAAUUAAUAGUUUCUGAAUCUGACACACAUCUCAAUAACAAUAAUGUUAAUAUUAAUAAUGUUAAAGACAACACUGUUGUCGCUAUUGAUAACAAAGUUGAAGACGAGGAGGAAGAAGAAGAAGAAGAAGAGGAGGAGGAGGACGACAUUAUGGGCAACACAUCUAAUGAGAGCGCUAUACGCCUAAGCGGUGAUGGAGAACAAGGACUUUGA